AUGGGACAUUGGCAGUCAACAAUUCCACGAGUGGAUGAGGAGAAUAUCAGGAAGGAAGUAAAAAGGUUUCCGGUAGUGAUGUAUACGAAAGCCAGGUGCCCGUAUUGUAUUAAGGCGAAACAACUGCUAGAUAAAGAAAAUAUCGAAUACAAAGAACAUGAUCUGGAUCUUCAUGAACGAUUUCAUCCAAACGAUCAUCAGUCAUACGUCAAUGGACUAAUUUGUGUUACAAAACAAACUUUGGUGCCGCAAAUAUUUAUUUGUGGCAACUUUAUUGGGCUUUUUUCGGUAUUUUGCAGCGUUUAA